CCUUGCCCAUGGCUUCCGACCUGGAGCUGUAUGACGUGACUGAGAACAGCAUGCGCGUGAGGUGGGCUGCGGUGCCUGGCGCCACGGGAUAUCUGAUCCUCUAUGCUCCCCUCACAGAAGGUCUGGCUGGAGAUGAAAAAGAGAUGAAGAUCGGAGAGACUCACACAGACAUCGAGCUGAGAGGGCUAUUCCCCAAUACAGAAUACACAGUCACCGUGUAUGCCAUGUUUGGAGAAGAAGCCAGUGAUCCUGUCACAGGGCAAGAGACAACCUGUGAGUUGUGGGCUGUGGAGCCACAGGAAAUACUACCACAAAAACCUGUACAAAUGUUUGAGAUUCUGAAUCCAAAACACCAGCUUUGAUUAAA